AUGCGACGCCAGAUGAACGAAAUUCCAGUGUUUUUGAUCAAGAUUCCUCAACGAGCUUCUGUGAUCCCCAGAGCUUCGCAGAUUCGAACCCUCUCUACUGUGGACCAAUUUCCGCAGCGGAUACCACGCCGACAUCAUUCUCCCUCUCGCUCGGUUGAUACAGAGCCUGGAUCUUCGCCCGACAACCCAAUCGAUCUAGAGAAUGUUAUGGAUCAAGAACACGACACUCAGCCUCUCAACGAAGAUCGAGGAGCUGAACACCUGGAUGGCGAUACUGAGCCUGAGAGCAAUAGUGAGACUGGAACUGGAAGAGAUGUUGAGAAUAUGCCGCUGCGGGACGCGGAGAGGGAGACGGACCCCACCAUUGGUUCCAGAGAGUCAUAUCCUGACGGUCACAGAGUGUCUUACACGGGCACGGUCAGCGAGGGCAGUGACAAGGAGAACGUUGAACCGCUACUAUCUCUUCCCACUAAGCUCGCCGAUGAUGUCUCCGUGGAUGGGCCCUUGAAGGAGACACCUACUACAGUCAGCGAGUCCCCUUCAACCUGCGCUGGAGACGGGUGCCUUGAAUAUCUUCUGUGGGCACCGGCAUGGUGGACAGAGGAUGAGUUGGCACAGAUUGCUCCAGAUCAGCUCAAGCAAUACAAGGAGAAAUUAGACAUCGGGAGUGGGAGCAGGGGUUCCCAGGUGAGGAAGCGGGCGGCGUCCCAUUCUCCACAGGUCAGGAGAUCAUCACGGACGAAGAAGCCGCGACAGUGCGCCGGUAACCCUCGCCGACCGUCCAUUCAUCGCAUGCUGGCUCGCCAUCUGAUCAAGAAAGUGGAUGAACUACAGAGUUCAAACCAAAAUUUGUGCGAGAUAAACGCGAAGAUAAUGGAAGCAAAUGGAGCACUUCAGAAUUCGAUUAUUGAGAUCCGCACCAUAUGUAACACUCUUAGCGAAAAGACUGCUAAGAUGGAAGAAACAAUCUCCAGCAUAUCCAGCCCAACUGCAUCGACCUGGGCCUCCCUGGUAACCUCAUCCGUGGGAUCCUCGCCCCCAGCUGGGGCCAGCGAAAGCCAACAGAACAAUAUACCAGCAACUCAUUCUAGAAAUACGCUAUCUCAUGCUUCAUCGGCAGGCACUCCCUCACUGGUCAUUUUGUGCACGAAUACCUGUAUAAUCUGCCACCCGAUAUAG